UGUCAAUAAAUGAAAAUCGAAAAUAAACAGUAGUGUACCAAAGAUUAGGCAAUUAUUUUGGUGGAUUUGUGGCAAAAACCAUAGAUUAUGCUUGGAAAUGAUCGCUUUUCUUUCCAGAAGACGGUGCACUGUUUAGCCCGCGUACUUGCCCGUAUAAAACCAACACCAUGGGACAAGGUGCAAACCUUGUUCAGAUAUUGCCCACAGGAAAAUGCAGCAGGAGUGUUCUGCUUAGAUUCUAGAGCCCAGGAUGCUGUUAUUGCGCUUGGACUUUACUUCUUAGAGAGUGGUUAUCAGUAUGAGAAAGAAAUCAUACCCUAUCUACUGAGACUUUCGAAAGCGCUCCCCAAAGCAGUUUGGAUCGAUGACGUCAAGCCCAACAAAAUCGAUAAAAUUCCGGUCGCGGAGAAGUUCAGUUUUUGCCUCAAUAGUUUGCUCUCAGAUAUCGCUUUUGGCUGCCCGGAAAGCCGCGAUGAGAUCAUUCUGAAUCAGGUUGAGGUGUUGACCGCGCUUACAAAUUUGAUUAAGGGAAGUAAAGAGAGCAAUACUCUUCCACCGAUAAUUCUUUGCAAAGCAACAGUUCCGUUGCUAUUGGGACUAGGGAGAUCAAUGGGUCGGUACGCUACAAAUGACCCACCUUUGUUGUGUCGUCUAUUCCCGAGAGAUGAAAUUCCCACUCCAAAGUCACAAGAAGUUCAACUGAGCACCGAUAACAAAUCAAAUAACACAAUAAGCCAGUUUAGAUCAAUUAUACCUCGAUCGAUGUCUGGGAGCUUGACGUCUGAACUUGUUGAAGAAAAAUCUCCCAAGAGUCACACAAAAAAAUUGAAUUCUUUCUACUCUGUUCCAUACGACCCAACUACAUAUUUCUUUGCAAAAUAUGGCUCUAGCUUCAAUCAGUUCCCGAAUAUGCGUUUUUGCGAAUCACCCGACCGAAAGAAUUGUCUUCAAUUUCCAAUCAAUCAUUUACAAACAAUUUUCGCAUUGGCAAAAAAGCUUCUUACUAAAGAAACAUUGGAGCAUUUGAAUGAACAAGCUGGAGAUAUAUAUUCGUUGCAUCAAAUAAAACCGUACGGAUACACAAGCUUCUCCGAGACGAUCAAUCUGGUUAUGGUUACACUGUUGAGAGAAAUUCUGCAAAAUCAAACAGAUCUCCCGACACCAUUCACCAAGGAUGUCCAAGAGUUUGUGAAGCGACUUUUUCUGAUCGGGCAAACGGAAUUACAGAACAAACAGCAUGACAGUGCUGUGGAUAGAGCAAACGAUGCAUUCAAUAUCGUGAACAAAUACAAGAUCAACGUAAUGGCCAAUGCUGCCUGUGUUGACCUACUGGUGUGGGCCAUAGGUGACGAAACAGAGGCCGACAAGUUGUGCAGUCGUUUGUACCAGAAACUGAAUUCUGUGCUGGGUCACAAAGUGGUUAUGGAUCACAUGCCACUAUUGAUGGUUUGCUUAGAGGGUUUAGGUAAAUUAGCACAAAAGUUUCCGAACAUUGCUGGAACUUCGAUCUCAUAUCUACGGGAUUUUCUUGUUGAUCCGAGCCCUAUUUUGACGAAGCUUCAUGCUCAAUCUCAAGCACAAAAUAAGAAGGACAAGGAAAAUGCCCCCUUUAGAAUCGUCGUUCAAGGUUCUGAUUUCAAUACAUUGGAGCAACAAACUAAUCAAAGGAAAGGUCUCACAAAGUCUGCUUAUGAAGCAUUCGAAGCGUUGCGAGAUGCGGCCAUAGAUAAUCUAUCAAUUGCUCUCAAGGCAGCACACGCAUUGGAUCCUUACUGCGUGCCAGCUCUAGUGGCAAAUGUAUCGAAUCGUUUGUUCACCGUUGAAAAGCAAGAGAGUGAAUCCAGCCUGGUAUCGCUAAACAUCAUUAUUAUGUUGGGUCAUGUGGCUGUUGCCCUGAAAGAUACCCCAAAGACGACUCACAAUAUUUUACAGUUCUUUAUUCAGCGGUUUUGCAAAGUUCCUUCCGAACAAAAUGUGUUGAUCGUCGAUCAGCUAGGGUGUAUGAUUAUUUCCAAAUGUGAGCCACAAGUUUUCGAGGAGAUAAUGAAAAUGUUUUCUCGGGUAACUGUACAGGCGGCCUCCCUCGCCUAUAAUGCGAAUCCAGAGCAAAGAAGAAUAAAGAAUGCCUACCACACAGGAGCUCCACUUGAUACCAUAGGUGCUAUAAUUAUGGGCUGUGCUCAAAUUCCUUACAAGCUAUCUUCGAUGAAAUCCUACCACCACGUGUCGGACGCUGUAGUUAACGCUUUGGCCAAUAUUGCUGCAAACAUACAAGGUGAGCUGGAAAUGUUAGACCUCCUCGGGAAGCUGCUGGAACUUUUUGUCCAGAUUGGGCUGGAAGGAGAACGAUCGUAUGAUAGUACAUCUGGGGCACAGAAAGCCAGCUCGAGUGCGGGGAAUUUGGGCAUGUUGAUACCGGUUAUUGCGGUUCUAGUCCGGCGUUUACCACCAAUCAAAAACCCAAAACAACGGCUGCACAAGCUGUUCAAAGAUUUUUGGUUGUACUGUGUUGUGAUGGGAUUCACAAACGCUCGUUUGUGGCCCUCGGAUUGGUAUCAAGGUGUACAACAUAUAGCUGCCAAGUCACCGCUUUUGAUAUCGCAGACUGCGCACCGUUCAGAAAUGCGUGAACUCAACUACACAUCAGCCAUCCGGUCUGACAGUGUCAGUUUGAAUGAACUGAGAAGUCAAAUUCUGGUUUUACUCGAUCAUCCACCAGCGGACAUUACGGCUUGCAUAAAUAAACUGACCUUUGCCCAGUGCACGUACUUGUUGAGUGUGUAUUGGUUGGAAAUUUUGCGCGUUGAAAACGCAUCGGAACCAAGCUUGGAGCCGAUACUGAAUUAUCUUUGCGAUAAUGCUCUACUGAAGGAUAAAUAUGGUAUCUGGCAGUGCAUUCGGUGCAUCGGAGAUCAAGUAUUCGAAAAGUUUAGAAGCGUUUUACUAGCCCAAGAUGUGGUACGAGAAAAGGUUUUGGAAUCCCAAGCGAUGCUACUGUUGGUUUAUUUCAAUCAUAUUCACAAGCAGAUACAGCUAGUCGCGGACCAGUAUCUUUCGCAAUUAGUGGAUAAAUUCCCACAUCUUUUAUGGAAUAGAAAAGUUCUAUGGUGUAUGCUGGAUGUUCUACAGUUGCUAGCGUUUUCGCUGACAUUGGACCCAAAUGAAGAAACACCCACUUUGAGAGUGUCAUCGACUCCAUAUACCCUUCAGCUGAUGGAUAGUUUACCAGCAAGAGAAAGUCGUGUAAAGGAUUUCGCUGAUCGCUGUCAAGGGAUCGUAAAUGAAGCCAUGAAAUGGGCACCAAAAUCUACGAGAAGCCAUCUACAAGAGUACCCCAAUCAGGUACCGACAACUUCUCUUUCCAAUCAUAGCGGCUUGGCUCUAGCGGUUGACUCAAUCUUACAUACAUGGGUGACUAACGCUAGCAUCCAAUCAACAUCUAAAAGACCGCAUUGUGUCAACAGUGACACCUCGAAAUUCGUGUCUGUACUUUGUUUGCGUAGUAAAUACGCAGGUGAAAUCUCCGGAUUGCUAUCGGUUUUGGAGGACGAAGAGAAAAAAGGGCUAGUGGAUCGAUUGGUAAAGGAUAUAUGGAAUGCUUGCGCUGAAAAAAGUGAUGCUAAACAUCGUGGUGCUUUGUGGAGAGCUACCGCUUAUUUAAUUCUCUGCUCCAGCGCUAAUCGAAAACUGCUUCAUGCAAUUUCUUCAUCGCAAGUACAGUUAUUUACAGAGUCAGCCAUGGAAACCGCGGUGGAAUGUUGGCAGUGGAUAUUGACAGCACGGCAAGAUCUCGAAUUGUGUUUCAUCCAAGAGAUGGUAACAGCAUGGCAAACUACAUUCGAUAAACGCAUAGGUUUGUUUACCGAGGAAAUAGAUAUCACAAGUCCGCUGGCAGCUUACGAAGGCUGUAGAUUGGUCCCAAAACCUAUUAUAGUCGCUCCUCACUUGAUUUGGCUACAGCUACUCUCUGAAAUGGUUGACACAGCGAAAUACUGCAACAGAGAUAAAGUUGAAAUGUUCUGCAUGUUACUUCAUCGUUGUCUACCGUUCAGUCGUGAUUUCAAACAAACCAGACACAUAUCCACCGUCGGAUGUCGUUUCAAGUUGCUGCAGUGUGGAUUGUCGCUUCUUCAAGGAAAUACAAUACCCAAAUCAUUAGCUCGCAAUAUUUUGAGAGAACGCAUCUAUGCAAACGCGUUGGACUACUUCUGUGGUCCACAACUUUGCCCCAGUCAAUCCAGAGAGGCGCUGUUGGAGGACAUUGCAAUACUUCUCAAAUUCUGGCAAACCAUGAGAAGUGAGAAGAAACAUUUGGUAGCCUCCGAAGUGAGCGACUAUGAUUUGAACCAUCCGUCUCAAAACUUAUCGGUCAACAAAUCGUCGCUGGAUACGACUUCCCUUGCCGGGAGUGAAGUUGCACGUUCUACCAGUAGCGGUAAUGCCGGGUGGUACAACACCAUCCCCCAUUCGACAUCUACUCUAUCGAAGAGGUCCAACCGUAUCAAAAGACCCCCUUUCCAAAAAGAUGCGUAUGAUAAAGAUUACAUGAAAAAGAGAAACCUUAUCCUGGAGCUGUUGGCGGUAGAAAUUGAAUUUAUGAUUAUUUGGGCUAACCCGCUGUCAACGCCCGAGAUGCAGAUUGCGGGAGAAGAAUCAGUUGCCGAAUGGCGAGCUCGUCCGGUUAAGCUCCAUGUCUGGCGUGACUAUACUCGGCUGGCUUGGUCUUACAAUCCCGCGCUCGCAAUUUUCCUACCACAACGAAUACGAAAUGCCGAAACAAUCGAAGACGAAGUUACACGUUUGGUUUGCUCCGACUCGCUAGCUGCAAUUCAUAUUCCGGAAGCACUGAAAUAUCUUGUAACCACCCGAACUCUGCUCAACGAAUCCCCGGAACUGGUCUACAUGCUUACGUGGGCGCGGGUCAGUCCAAUACAGGCAUUAUCGUAUUUUUCACGUCAGUAUCCCACACAUCCACUGACUGCGCAGUAUGCAGUUAAAACUCUCAAUUCAUAUCCAGCUGAGUCUGUUCUUCCGUACAUUCCACAGUUGGUUCAGGCCUUAAGGCAUGAUACGAUGGGAUAUGUAACCGAGUUCAUCAAGCACAUUUCCAAACGAUCGCAAAUUGUAGCUCAUCAGCUCAUUUGGAAUAUGCAGACUAAUAUGUAUAUUGAUGAAGAAAUGAACCACAAGGAUCCAAUACUUUACGAUGCACUCGAAUCAUUGUCACAAAAUAUCAUCUCUUCGCUGUCCGGACCCGCAAAACGAUUCUAUGAGCGCGAAUUUGACUUCUUCGGCAAAAUUACAGCUGUUAGUGGAGAAAUUCGCUCUUUCCCAAAAGGACAGGCAAGAAAGAAGGCGUGCUUGGAUGCGCUCAGCCGAAUCAAAGUACAAGCUGGAUGCUAUUUACCUUCAAAUCCCGAAGCCAUGGUUCUGGAUAUUGAUUAUAGUAGCGGAACUCCGAUGCAAAGCGCGGCUAAGGCUCCAUAUCUGGCACGCUUCCGGGUACAUCGUUGUGGCAUCAAUGAACUAGAAACGAUGGCAAUGGAAGUAUCCAACAACCCGGAAUCACACCUGGAUGGGCCUAAGCUAAACUCUAUGGGGCCGGAAACAUGGCAAGCAGCUAUUUUCAAAGUCGGUGACGAUGUACGACAAGACAUGUUGGCGUUACAGGUCAUUUCAAUAUUCAAGAAUAUUUUCCAACAAGUUGGUCUCGAACUGUUUCUGUUUCCAUAUCGUGUUGUUGCCACUGCACCGGGUUGUGGAGUUAUUGAGUGUGUACCUAAUGCAAAAUCGCGUGAUCAGCUUGGAAGACAAACAGAUUCUGGUCUGUACGAAUAUUUCUUACAUCAAUAUGGUGAUGAAACUUCCAAGGAGUUCCAAGUAGCUCGUAGCAACUUCGUUAAAUCGAUGGCCGCUUACUCAGUGAUUGGAUAUUUGCUGCAAAUUAAGGAUCGUCAUAAUGGCAAUAUAAUGAUUGAUAAGGAUGGACAUAUAAUACAUAUUGAUUUUGGUUUCAUGUUCGAGUCGUCCCCUGGAGGAAAUAUCGGGUUUGAACCGGAUUUGAAAUUGACCGACGAAAUGGUAAUGGUAAUGGGUGGUAAAAUGGAAGCUGCCCCAUUCAAAUGGUUCUGUGAUUUGUGUGUGCAAUCGUUCCUUGCGAUUCGUCCCUAUCAGGACGCCAUCGUGACGCUGGUUUCGCUUAUGCUGGAUACAGGGUUGCCUUGUUUCCGUGGUCAAACUAUAACCCUGCUGAAGCAAAGGUUUGUUCCGACCAAGAAUAAUAAGGAAGCUGCAGCCCAUAUGCUUGGUGUUAUUAGAAAUUCGUAUCAGAACUUCCGUACUAGAACGUACGAUAUGAUACAGUAUUAUCAGAACCAGAUCCCGUAUUAAUGUGUUACAUAAUCAUGGGGGAAUAUCCGGAAUCAUGAUUGUUGCUUAAAUAAAUGUUCCAGAGAAAGGGUUUUAGCAGUUGAUGGGCGAACGGACAUCCGGUUAUAGAAUGAGGGUUAAUUCUUCGUGAUAAUAGUUUCAGCGUUGAUGGAAUAAAUCUAUUCGUAGUGGUAUAUAUGUGAUCAUAGUUGUAAUCAAGCUUACUUUUUUGUUGAACAUUUGUUACCUGUAACACAAAUAAAUCCAGUGUUUGUUGGAA